AUGAGCGUCAGGCUGAGAGUUGAGUUACACGAUGAUCUCGUCGAUCGCACGGCGCGCAAGACGCAGCGGUGCUGGUUCAAGCCCGAAGCAGUUGGAGAUGAGACGCUCAUCCUGAAUAUUGCGAAAGAGCUCACCGCCUUCUUCGGCCUCCAAAGCGUGGACUACCAGCAGCUGGUGCUGUCCGUUGAUGGCUUUGAGCUGCCGCAGGAUGGCCCUGCGUCGCUGCUCAGGGAUGGAGACUUGGUCGCGGUCUCGAGCGCGCUGCCGCAGGUAGCCGCACCAGCAGCAGGGCCAGCAGCAGCGAAAUCGGCACAUGGCGCGGGCUCUGGGGCCCAGAGGACCGGGGCCAGCGGCGCCAAGGCGCCCGCCCCGGCUGCGGCGCAUCCACACGAGCCCGCACCCAAGCGGAAGCGCGCGGAGCCUGCCAUACCUCCUGCUGCGCCCGCGGCACAGCCAGCACCGGGCGAGGCGAAGCCAGGGCCGGAAGCCGCGGCCGCCGGGGAGGCAGCCGGGGCAGCAAAGCAGCGCAGCCGCAGCGCGCGCCGCAAGUCGGAGAAGCGGCGCCUCAGGCGGCUGGGGGUGCUGCCUCGGAAGGCCAAAGAGCCCGUGCAGCAGCAGCAGCAGCAGCAGCAGCAGCAGCAACAGCAACAGCAGCAACAGCAGCAGCAGCAGCGCAACAAGGGCAAGCAGACGCGACUGCGGUGGGACGGCGACGGCGGCGUGCUGGAGGACGAAGGGCAGCAGGGGCAAAACGGCGGCCAGCAGCUGGGACAGCAGCAGCAGCACGAGCGGACGGCGGAGGAGUGGCAGCAGUGGCAAGCAUGGUACGCCUUGCAGUCCCCGCAGCAGCAGGGGCAGCAGCAGGGGCAGCAGCAGCAGCAGCAGCAGGAGCAGCAGCAGAUGUCAACGCCAUCUCUGCCUCAGCGGCACGAGACGGGCAGUAGCAAGCGCAGCUCCCGAGGCCCGCAGACGGCGCUGGAGGCGGCCGCAAAUGCCAGCCCGCUUGACCCGAAUGGCGGAGUCUCGCCGAACGUGAACGACGCGGCGGCGGGGCCGUCGUCUUUCAAGCAGAGCAAACUGCCGGCAGCAGCGCAGCCGGGGCGUAAGCAGCCAAAGCGCCAGCAGCACCCAGACCAGCGGCCCCAGCAGCAGCAGCAGCAGCAGCAGCAGCAGCAGCAGCAGCAGCAGCAGGAGGGUAUGAAGAGACACGUCAAGGGGCUGCAACAACAGGGUACGCCGCCGCAGCAGCAGAGGCGUGUCGUCAACAACAAAGAGCAUGCCAGGCGCAGCAGCAGCAGUGAUGACAGCAGCAGUGAUGAGAGCAGCAGUGAUGACAGCAGCAGCAGUGAGUCAGGCAGCAGCACCAGCAGCAGAAGCAGCACCAGCAGUGACAGCUCCAGCAGCAGCAGCGAAGCCACCAGCAGCAGCGAGCCCGGGGCCGACCAGGCAGCAGAGGGCACCCCAGUCCCCUUCGAGCAGCUUCCACCGCUGGCAGCGCCUGUGCCCGACGUCGGCUCUGUCGUUGCGUACAAACUGCUGGAAAUUGGCGCCGAUUGGACCCCGCAGGUUUCAGAGGUGCGCCAUGGCCGCGUGACGGCCGUGGACGCCGCCGCGGCCACCGUCGAGCUCGCCCCCUGGCCGGCCGGCGCCCCGCACCCCCUGAAGACACGCAUGGACGCUGCCAGGGCCGCCGCCGCGGCCGCAGAGUGGGAGGACGGCGGCGGCGUGGGACGGCCGCCGAGGUGGCCGGCCGGCGUCGCGGCGGGCGGGGGUGGGGAGGGGGUGGAGGAUGCGGGGCUGGCGCUGCUGGCCACCACCGAUUACGAUGAGGCAGGG